AACUAUAAAUUGGGCUUUACGCGCCGCAGCCCGGGAGAGGGAGAAAGGCGAGGGGGCGCCGGGAGUAGGCGUGCGGGAGCCCAGAGCCCUGAGCCGGAGGCUGCGCCUUCCCCGCACCGGGAGCCUAGCCACGCACCAGACCCUCGCCUCUGCCCAGUAGCGAGCGCCUAGGAUGACCACCACCCUCGUGUCUGCCACCAUCUUCGACUUGAGCGAAGUUUUAUGCAAGGGUAACAAGAUGAUUAACUACAGUACUCCCAGCGCCGGGGGCUGCCUGCUGGACAGGAAGGCAGUGGGCACCCCUGCCGGUGCGGGCUUUCCUCGGAGGCAUUCGGUCACCCUGCCCAGCUCCAAAUUCCACCAGAACCAACUCCUCAGCAGCCUCAAGGGCGAGCCGGCGCCCGCGGCCCUGACCUCCCGGGACAGCCGCUUCCGAGACCGCUGCUUCUCCGAGGGGGGCGAGCGGCUGCUGCCCGCCCAGAAGCAGCCCGGGAGCGGCCAGGUCAACUCGAGCCGCUACAAGACCGAGUUGUGCCGCCCCUUCGAGGAGAACGGCGCCUGUAAGUACGGGGACAAGUGCCAGUUUGCGCACGGCAUCCACGAGCUGCGCAGCCUGACCCGCCACCCCAAGUACAAGACGGAGCUGUGCCGCACCUUCCACACCAUCGGCUUCUGCCCUUAUGGGCCCCGCUGCCACUUCAUCCACAAUGCCGAGGAGCGCCGCGCCCUGGCCGGGGCCCGGGACCUCUCCGCCGCCGCAGCAGCCACCGCAGCCGCCGCCGCAGCCGCCGCUGACCGUCCCCGCCUCCAGCACAGCUUUAGCUUUGCUGGGUUUCCCAGUGCCGCCGCCACCGCCGCCGCCACGGGGCUGCUGGACAGCCCUACGUCCAUCACCCCACCCCCCAUCCUGAGCGCCGAAGACCUCCUGGGCUCACCUACCCUUUGCGAUGGCGCCAGUAACCCCUUCGGCUUCUCCAGCCAGGAGCUGGCCAAUCUCUUUGCCCCUAGCAUGGGGCUGCCCGGGGGUGGCUCCCCUACCGCCUUCCUCUUCCGGCCCAUGUCCGAGUCCCCUCACAUGUUUGACUCGCCCCCCAGCCCCCAGGAUUCUCUCUCGGACCAGGAGGGCUAUCUGAGCAGUUCCAGCAGCAGCCACAGCGGUUCCGACUCCCCCACCUUGGACAACUCAAGGCGUCUGCCCAUUUUCAGCAGACUUUCCAUCUCAGAUGACUAAAGCCUGGGUAGGGAAGGAGACCACCCCAUCCACCCCUGACCCUGCCUGCUCCACUGUCCCGGCCCCCCCCAGCCCUGCGCCCACCCGGUUCCCCAACAAGGUUAAGCUCAACCCCUUUCACCCCCUCCAACACACACACACACACACACACAGGACCUUGGCGUGCCCCUCCCUCGGCCCCCUGGUGUUCCCACCCACCCAACAAGGACAAGUCCAUUUGGCAGUAGCUUCUAUUGGCUUGAAACUCCCCCUCCCUUGAAGAUUUUUUUUUUUACAGCCCAUUCACGCAUAACAAGGACAAGUCCCGUGUUUGUCAGUAGUUGCCUCUUUCCGACUUAAGCCUUAAGUGCCAAAUCACAAGAGAGAGAGAAAAAAAAAGAGCAGUAUCCGUUUACAGAAGCAUCUUAGUGCCUUGUAACCGAACUUUGUCACUGUGACUACAUUACCUCUUUAGCGCCAGGGGGCACCCUUGGGCCUCCCGGAGCCGCUGCCCAGGGGGAGGGGACGGAAGAGGGAGGGGGCAGUGACCCCAAUCAGCAGCUCCCCCCUCGGGCGACAGAACUGCACCUUCCCUUGUGUCGCGCACACUUCCUCUCUUUCCAGGACCCCCCUCCCCCUUCGCGGGGGGGAAGAAUCGAUUAUUGGCAAACUUUUUUUUAGGGGGGGGUCGAAACCUCAUCUUGAUACUUCUUCCCCAUCCUGAACCCCUGUUGACUAAUCUUGCCUGGGUUUGUAUAGCCGUGCAGGAAGGAAGACUGGGAAAAGUGGACGAAGAUGUUGACCCAAGUGGGACUUUGUGAUUUAAUUUUUUUUUUUUUUGGUCGUUUUUGUUUUAUAAAGUGGGGAGGAAGGGGAUGCUAGAUGGACUCUGAGAGACUUGAUUUUGGUGCUAAAGUUCCCCAAUCCAUAUGUGACAUCUUUUAAGGAAAAAAAUAACAACAAAAAAUGAGAGAAAAGCUUAAAAAAAUGUAAGGGGUGAGCAGUUAAUGGUAUUCAUUCCACAUACAAUAUCUGUGUAAAACGUUUUCCUGUAGAAAUAGCUUUGAUGGUUUAUUUGCUCUAGAAUACCGUAGGUCUAUCCUUAGAGCAUUCACGCCAUGCUUUUUUUUUUUCCCUGGGAUUUAAACUUCAUAUAACUUUCAGAAAUUGGAGAGCAAAAAUUUUGCUUGUCACUGCACAUCAAUAUAAAAAAGCUUAUUUAACUUAUCAAAACGUAUUUAUUGCCAAACUAUGCUUUUUUUUGUUAAUUUUGUUCAUAUUUAUCGGGAUGACAAAUCCAUAGAAUAUAUUCUUUUAUGUUAAAUUAUGAUCUUCAUAUUAAUCUUAAAUUUUGUGACGUGUCUUUCCUUUUUUUUCCACAGUUUUAAUAUAUUAUUCUUCAACAACAUUUUUUUGUAACUUUACACUUUUUUUGGUUAUUUUAUUUUAAAAAAAAUGAAAAAUUAAUUUAAAAAAAUGCAAAAAACUGUUGGAUUAUUUAUUUUAGAAAUCCCCCCCCACACACCCCCGUUUGUGUUGGACUGCAAAUUGAGUUUCUUUCUCUUUAGGCCUUUCACAACUAGGACUGGGAAUGUAUGAUAAAGUUCUGUGACAGAGCAGACGGAAAACAGGUUGUCCUGGGUAGCUUCUAGAAGGGGAAAUAAUAAAUGAGGAAAAACCCUUUGGCUUCCACGUGUCCAUCUCGACAUUCCGCUGGCAGAGCUGAGCUUCUGGAGUCUUGGUGUGGAGUUUUCCGAUGUUAGUGUAAACAGAACUGGCGCACACACACAUUGAAGUUGAAUGUAAUUAUUUCUCUUGGCUGGCCACUACCAUUGCUUUCUUAUUUCUUUGUGUGAACUUAUUUAAAAGGAAAAAAAAAAAACCUCUUUUUUUGUAACGACUAUUUGCAGUUUUAAAAAAAUCAAUAAACCCCGUUUUUGGUUU